CCGGAUCGAAGGCCAAACGAAGUCAGAUCGUGCUCAAAUUUUAGUAUGUUGUUCCUCACAUACUCCUCUUCAAAUCCAACGGUCAGAUUCUCAUUUUGAUGCCCGAAAGGUUGUUUUCUAGCUGCGUUUUCAGACCUGCGUUUUUGGGAGUUUUUACUCCAUUUUAUGGUGAAUUGUUGAUUGUUGUUGUUCCAAGGUUGCUCCUUGAUGAUUGUGUAUGCCUCUAGUGUUUACUAGAGAGGAGAACUUGUUGUACCCACUUGAUUCUUGGUGAUUAGUGGAAGUUUGGGAGCCGUUGUUGAGCGGCCGUGGUUUUCUCCCCGAUUUGGGGUUUCCACGUAAAUCGUGUGUCAUCUACUUUAUUAUCGCUGCCAUUUAUUUGUGUGUGUGCUGCUGAUUUUUUCAGAGUUUAUUGUGCUUGUUAUUCAUCUCAUUAAUUUGGGGAAAAGAUUUUAUACGCUUCCGUUGUGUUUUGUUCCGUGCUUCCCCAACAAAGUGGUAUCAGAGCUUGAUUAUUUUUUGGUUGGCUUCUUGUGUAGUUUAUGAUGGAUGACAAAGUAAUUGUUCAAGGAAUGGUUAGUUUGGACUCUACGAAUUAUUCAAUUUGGAAAAUUCGUAUUGAGGAUUAUUUAUGCUCUAAAGAUUUGNGAGUUUCAAGGUGUGGUAAACCAACUAGCCGGAAUGAAGAUGAAAUUGGAGGAUGAACUUCAAGCUUUGUUGUUGCUUUCCUCAUUGCCCGACAGUUGGGAUACAUUGGUGGUUUCACUUAGCAACUCUGCUCCGGAUGGAAAGAUGACUAUGGAGAUGGUCAAGGCUAGUCUUUUGAAUGAAGAGGCUAGGAGGAAAGAAUCAGGCUACCCUAGCCAAGCCGAAGCAAAUGUGAUUCCAGAAUCUAGCAGGGGGAGAAGCAAGAGCAGAAAUCCUCAUUAUAGAGACAAGUCCAGGGGGAGAUCCAAAUCCAGAAAGAGAGAUUUCAUUUGCCAUUAUUGUCAGAAGCCGGGUCACAUUGAGAGAUUCUGCAGAAAGAAGAAGAGAGAUAUGUCCAGGGAGAGAAAACAUAAAAAUGAGAAUUCCGAGCAGAAGCCAGAAGAGAAGAACACUACAGCCUUGGCAUCUAGUGAUGAUGAUUUGUUUGUUAUCGGUGAUCAUGGACUAUUAAAUGUAGCCUGUGAUGACUGCACCUGGGUGAUUGAUUCUGGUGCAUCUUAUCAUAUUACUUCACACAGGGAGUACUUCUCAUCCUAUACUAGUGGUGAUUUUGGCCAUGUGAGGAUGGGAAAUGAUGGUUCGUCCAAGAUCAUUGGUAUGGAUGAUGUUUGUUUAGAGACUUCCACUGGUUGCAGGUUGGUGCUCAGGGAUGUGAGGCACGUCCCAGAUAUCAGAUUGAGUUUGAUUUCAGCUGGUCUGCUUGAUGAUGAAGGUUAUGCCAACAAAUUUUGUGAUGGAAGAUGGAAACUCUCCAGGGGCAGUUUGAUUAUGGCUCAAGGUAAGAAGCAGAAUUCACUUUAUGUUAUGCAAGCCAGAGUAUGUAGCGGAGAUGCCAAUGUAGCAGAUGAUGUCUCCGAUUCUCAUUUUGAUGCCCGGAAGGUUGUUUUCUAGCUGCGUUUUCAGACCUGCGUUUUUGGGAGUUUUUACUCCAUUUUAUGGUGAAUUGUUGAUUGUUGUUGUUCCAAGGUUGCUCCUUGAUGAUUGUGUAUGCCUCUAGUGUUUACUAGAGAGGAGUACUUGUUGUACCCACUUGAUUCUUGGUGAUUAGUGGAAGUUUGGGAGCCGUUGUUGAGCGGCCGUGGUUUUCUCCCCGAUUUGGGGUUUCCACGUAAAUCGUGUGUCAUCUACUUUAUUAUCGCUGCCAUUUAUUUGUGUGUGUGCUGCUGAUUUUUUCAGAGUUUAUUGUGCUUGUUAUUCAUCUCAUUAAUUUGGGGAAAAAAUUUUAUACGCUUCC